AUGUCAGUAAAUAACCUCAACACCGUUCAUGAACAAGUCGACAUUGACGUUGACAUUGAUGAUUCCGCUCCUCACGAACAUGCUACACCGGAUUCAAUGGUCACCACCUCAAGUUACGGAGGUAUUGAUGAGCACAUUACACAAGAAACCGAGGCUUCCUUCAAAACGUCCAAGCGUGCAACCGGAAAGAAACGUCGCAGGUCUCCGGAUUUGGAACUUUUGGAAGAAAAUUUGGCGCAAGGUAUCACCACUUCAGAGACCUCGGAGCCUAACCCGAAAAAGAGGGUGCUGCCACCUCGUAAGGUUGGAACACUCGCAAGUGUACUCGCGGACGAAGUUGCAGCGGAUCAAGCUGCGAUGUUGGCGCCUGCUAUUUCAGGCGAAACCACGAUUUUGUUAACAUCCGAUGAAAGUCUCCUAGAGACUUGUGAUUUCGUUGAGGAUGAUGAGGUUGGUACAGACGAAGAUCUAAUUAAGGCUAGCAAUGAUGAUAAGGAAAUUCCUGUACCAUCAUUUAGGGUUGUUAAUGAGGAUAUUGGAAGUGGGUUACGGAGUAAAGCCCAAGAGGAAGAUAUAUCCGAUGUGUCAUAUGAAAAGCGCCAUCGCAAGCAUGAGCUUGCCGAAAAGAAGCUAAGGAAUCGUGAACGGGAGAAGUUGGCAUACGAAAGGUACCAACAGCAAUUGGCCGUCGAGAAAUUACGCAACACCGAUUCAAAAAGUCUAAUAUCAAUCGCUGCUCUGCGAAAUAAAGAUGCAACGAAUGAUGCGAGCAAGUUACAGAUAGCGCAUCAAAAGUUGUUAAAAGAAGCCGAGGACACAUUGGCCAUAUAUGAUUCAUUCGGAUUAGGUGGUAAAAAACGAAAGAUAGAUGCAUUAGUCAAUGAAGGAGAGGUCAAGGUGUCCGAGGAACCGGAUGCGAAAAAGACGCGACUUCGAGGUUCGAAAAGUACCGCCAGUUCAAAUUUGGAUGAUGUCGCAUCCAAACCUAAGGAAGAGACAACGCGAAUCACCCGAAGUCGAAAGAAGAAUGAUGAGCUUGCUUCAUCUGCGGUCACAAAAAAACUUGCCAAAGCGCCACUGAAAGGAAAGAAGGGUCAAAACAUCGCGCCUUCUUCAACUACAACGGCGUUAACGGUGAUCCAACCGCCCCCAACGGGCGAGCGUGUAACAAGUUUCGUCAGGCCAUAUACGGGUAUGGCAUCAGGUUCACGCAAGAGUUCACGAUCUGCUUUUGCAUUUGGUGAACGAGUUCCCAGCAGACAUAUGACCAAAAAAGAUUUCAUCUUGCCGGUUACAAUGUUUGGGGAAAUAAUGAAUCAACGCGAACAAUUAAGAACGCUGGAGGAGCAAGAACAACUUCGCCAAUCAGAAGAAUAUAAAAUGCCUUCUGAAGGUAGUGGUGCCUAA